AGCUUCUUUUCCGGGUUCUGUCCUCGCAUGUUUUGGUCAAAGUUUAGUCCCCGCGGUCUGUUGUUUGUCUCCGGGUGUCCUCUGUCCACGGCCUCCAAAGGUCCUCGGGUCUUCAGUCCUCUGUCCCGGGUGUCCUGUGUCCUCUGUCCCGGUCCGGUGGAGCCAUGAGCGCCGUGAUCCCGCGCAUCGAGCAGUUGUCCUCCCGCGUGGUUCGGGUUCUGGGCUGUAACCCGGGUCCCAUGACUCUGCAGGGGACCAACACCUACCUGGUGGGGACCGGAGACAGGCGUGUGCUCAUAGACACGGGGGAGCCUUCUGUCCCUGAGUACAUCUCCAACCUGAGACAAGCUCUGGUCCAGUUCAGCAGCAGCAUCCAGGAGAUCAUCGUCACCCACUGGCACCACGACCACACGGGAGGAGUGCAGGACAUCAGCCGAGACAUCACAGGUCCUGAGGUUAAAGUGAGUAAACUUCCUCGUGCCAACGGCUCAAAAGAAUCACUGGGGAGUCAGAGCUACACUUAUCUAAAAGACGGAGACUUGGUCCGAACGGAAGGAGCCACACUCAGGUCAGUCAGUAGCAGUACACACACGGACGACCACAUGUCUCUGCUCUUGGAGGAGGAGGGGGCGCUGUUCUCCGGAGACUGUAUCCUGGGGGAGGGCACGGCCGUCUUCGAGGAUCUGUACGAUUACAUGAAGAGUCUGGAGCUCCUCACCCAGCAGGGGGCGCAACUCAUCUACCCCGGUCACGGUCCGGUGGUGCAGGACGCUCUCUCGAAGAUCCAGCAGUACAUCGCCCACAGAAACCAGAGAGAGGAGCAGAUCCUGGAGGCCGUGAGGGACGCGGAGACGACGGGCUGCACCUCCACCGAGCUCGUCAAGAAGGUCUACAAGGAAACUCCAGAGCAUCUGCACCGAGCGGCCGAGGUGAACCUGCUGCACCAUCUGAAGAAACUGCAGAAGGAAGGAAAGAUCAGCCUGGUGAAUGAAACGUCCUUAUGGAAGAGCAACCUGUGAGAGUCUGAUGGAGACUCAGAGCGGCUCAGUGUGAGAAUGAGAUUUUGGUUUAAUUUAUAUUUCUGUGUUGUGAUUUCAAAUGAAAGAAUGUGCCAUAAAAACAGAACUGUGUGAACUUAAUUGUAAAUAAAGUCAAAUAAAGUUGUUGUGAUUUGUCGGA